CAUGUAAUCACCGACACGUGUUUCUGCGUGACGUCACGAAACUCCAGGAGCCGCAGCGCUUUGCUCGUUACUCGGUUUGAUCCGAGAUUUCCAGUAGGGGCGGGUCAGAAAUUACAACAACAAACACCGAUAGGAGUGCAACGUAUAUGAAAGAUAAAUCAAUCACAUGGAGCUGGGAGACUCGGCACAGGCUGCAAUUAAAAGGCACAAAUGCUUCCAGUGUCCAUACAGCACGGAUCAGAUGAGCAACUUGAAGAACCAUCACAGAACUCACACUGGAGAGAAGCCCUUCAAGUGCACUGUGUGUGGGAAGGCAUUUGCGCAAUCGCCAUAUCUUAAAAUACACCAGAGAACACACACAGGCGAGAAGCCUUUCAUUUGCACUGUGUGCGGGAAGACGUUUACAUGGUUAUCGAAUCUUGACAGCCAUCGGAAAACACACACAGGCGAGAAGCCUUUCAAGUGCACUGUGUGUGGGAAGAUAUUUACAUGGUUAUCGAAUCUUGACAUCCAUCAGAAAACACACACUGGUGAGAAGCCCUUCAAAUGCAGUGUGUGUGGGAAGACAUUUACACAGUCAUCACACCUUGACGGCCAUUACAAAACACAUACUGGUGAGAAGCCCUUCAGGUGCACUGUGUGUGGGAAGGCAUUUACACGGUCAUCACAUCUUGACAGCCAUCAGAAAACCCACAGUGAGGAAAAACCCUUCAAAUGCACUGUAUGUGAGAAGGCAUUCAAAGAAUCGGGAUCUCUUCAUAUUCACCAGAGAACACACACAGGUGAGAAGCCUUUUAAGUGCACUGUGUGUGGGAAGACAUUUUCACGGUCAUCAUAUCUAAACAGCCAUCAGAAAACACAUACUGGUGAGAAGCCCUUCAAGUGCACUGUUUGUGAGAAGUCAUUUACACGGUCAGGAACUCUUCAGGAUCAUCAGAGAACACACACAGGCGAGAAACCUUUUGUGUGCACUGUAUGUGAGAAGACAUUUAAAGAUUCAAGAUCUCUUCGUAUUCAUCAUAGAAUACACACAGGAGAGAAGCCCUUCAAGUGCACUGUGUGUGAAAAGACAUUUUCAUGGUUAUCGAAUCUUGAUAGACAUCAGAAAACACAUACUGGUGAAAAACCCUUCAAAUGCACCAUAUGUGAGAAAGCAUUUAAAGAUUCAGGAUUGCUUCGUAUUCAUCACAGAACACACAUGGAUGAGAACCCCUUUCAGUGCACGGUGUGUGGUAAAGCAUUUGCAGACUCCGAAGGCCGAAAGAGGCAUGAGAAGAUCCAUGAGGAGGAGGUGGAAUCGAGAAGUGAAAGUCAAAGCCCAUCUCGCAUGGAACAAGAACCAGAAGACGACCCCAGUUUUAAAACAUGGCCAGGAGUGAAGGUGGAAUGUGAAGAUUUUACUCCAAGACCCAACCUCCAGGUGGAUGGAAGCAGGGUGAAGCAGGAGGAGCAUUCGGACUGAGGGAGAGCGAGGUAACCUCCAGGAGUUUGUGGAGGAAUCAUGAGUGAAGAUUUUGGACAGAGCAGAGUAGGAGGGUGUUGCCCAUUUGAAGUGAAGUUUGAGAAUAUCUGUAACCAGGAAAGUGACACAAAAUCUCCUUAGCGUUCACCUUAUUCACAGGCUUCUCUCAUUACAAGAAUGCAAGCAACUGUAGACAUCCAGCCAGAGUUGAGCUUUCAUUGAAUCUAGCUGCCCCAAAGUUUUGGAACCACCGAAGAAUGUUCACCUCCAUAGCAUCGCCAUUCUACCACCUAUGUUCUCAUUGACUCUCGGACCCGACCCUUUAGGUGGACGGAAGCAGCGUAUCAUUCCGCGUUACUCAGCCACAUAGCUCAAGGAAGUAGUUGUCAACCGGUCAAAUACUGUGUUAUAACGGUGCAUGUUCCGCGUUGUGUAAAAAGCAAAAACACGUGUGCACACUAUGUGUUAUGCGAGGACUUACUGUACCUUUCGGUUUUCUCUCAUUCAAAUAGAUUUUUCAACUGCAUUUACUUUAAUUUUAUUUCAUUUACGUUUUCAGCUUUUUCUAACAUUUUAUUGUAUGUCGUGUUUCAAAUGCACCAAAACGCUUGCCUAUCACGGGUUAUCCCACUGAGGAUUUGACUUCGCGCAAAAGUUAUUGAGGUACAGUUUACCGAUUGCAUCUUCCUGUGGCUCGACCAUUCAUGGUUGACAUUUACAGUUUGCCUUUGUUGUUGCAACUUGCUCCUAUGGCCUUACUGGACAUCUGUGAAAAAGAGCUUCAUAGCUCAUCGGUUUCCUGCAGGAUAAAUAAAUAUUAUGAUUCUGAUCAUAAAGAAGCCCUGUACAGAUACUCUAACUAUACUGUUCGCGAUUAUGAUGCUGCUGCCGCAGAAGACCAUAUAUGUAGUGAGUUCAAGGAGACGUAGACGACGUAGUCGGAGGCACACUUAUUUAUUCAACCAAAGGGCAGAACACAAUACUUGAAGGGGUAACGGCCUCUUCACCCAUCUAAUAUGGAGACACCCUGAGCGCUAGCCCGGCUAGUCUGCUCCCAGGUCCUCCACUAGAGAGCUAGGGGAGGCUAGCUGAUCCCGCUCUGGCCAAGCUAGGAUCUAGGCACCCUUAGCCAACCAGACCGGCUCUUACAAGAGCAUCGGCUCUUACAAGAGCAUCGGCUCUGGGCCCUCAGAGCCGCGCCGCUGGCUUGCCCUGGUCGGUCCUUAGAAGGACAGCGAGCCAGGGGAGUCCCAGGGCCUAUCCUGCUGGUCUUCACUCUUCGCUGGUUAAGCUGUAAUACUCGACCCCGAGCUCACCGGCUCCCCGCCUUAUAUAGCAACUCCCCCCCGAGGGGUGGGAUAACAGCGCCGUUACAGCCCCCUAGGGCUAACCGAUGCGGACGUGGAUGUAGGCACCCUUACGCGUGCAGGCGCAAACACCCCUUGUGUGUUUGUUUGCCCUCCCAUAACACCCCUACAUAUGCAACGCCGUCUUGUACCAGGUCACAUGGUUUAUCCCAGCCCCCAGUGGGGAGGCAGAGGGCUUGAGCCGCCCGCCAUUUUUAUCUCGCUACAUAAUGUUUUUCCCCAUUCUAUACAUUUAACGUACAAGUUGUAUUUAACAUGGUAGAACAUUCUUGAUUUGAAGCUUUUGUGACUGCAGGAAUCCAUAUUCUUUGGUUCUUUCAAUAAAGUCACGUAGGUAGAAAAAUAAAACGAAAUUAAAAUAAUAUAUCACGCCGUUUCGAUCGCAACAAGCGGUCGUCCUCGGGCGGAAAAAAUUAUCCAGCAGUGGAACUGCUGAACCAGCGAGAGAGCUGUUACAACAAGGUUAUAUAUGUGUAAUAAAUUACUCUUCCACGUUGUCUGUCUCCGUUGUCCUUUAUUUGGGUUCUUACAACUUUACCCCACACGGCCCUCGCUCAGAGCCCUCCGCUUGGCAGCUUGACAGCUGCCAUCGCUCACGUAGCCUUUUCCCCACUCCCGAUGCAGCUCCGCUGCAGGCGUCGCUCACGUAGCCUUUUCCCCCCUUGUGCAGUCUCUCAGCUGCCCUCGCUGCAGCCCCACAGCUGCCGAGUUCCACCGCGUGGCGAUCGCGCCACUCUCCACCCUCUGCCCUGCGUGGCCUCCUCCUGUCUUUAUUCUCCCACUCUCUUCCCGUCUCUUCCGGUUACCGCCCUUAAGAGCUUACCCCUCUCCCCCACGUGACCUAACCCCUCCCCCCGUAACGUCAUAUCCGCGAGGCCGUUUACGCCCGCAUUACACCACCCUCCCCCGUGGAGAAAAUUCCAGCCGUCCUCGGCUGAACAACAACAACAACAACAAGUAAUGCGAGCGACCAACAACCAUCAGAAAUGCAAGGACAACGAAGCAUACAAUAAAUAUAACAAUAACAACAGGAACAAGAACAGUAUCAAUCAACGAAAAAUAAGGGACUUCGAUCGCGCGCGGGUCGCCGGCCCGUCCCGGACGGGCGGCGGCCCCCCUGCAGACCGAGGACGUGACGGGGUUUUAAGAGCGACAGGAUCAAGACUUCCUGUCGCUAUUGGAGGCCCGCCAACGCCACGGUCCCGUUUCCCCGAAGGGCCAGAGUCCGGGGUGUCCCGCAAUCGUAUCCGCGGCUGGGUCGGAAGGGCGGCAGGGCUCGGCGUCCCCGCAGCCGUGGUAGGCCCACCCCGAGCAGAGUCCCCUGUCUCCUGCAGUGUCACGGCCGGCUUGUCUGUAAAAGGCACGACAGGCGCUCUUGCAGGGUCAACAGGCACAGGCAAGGGUGCGUCGGCAGCAACAGACACCGGCAAGGCAACAUCAGGAGAUUGUGCAUCCGUUUG